CUGAUGAUGCCUCCAGGGUGAUUGGCAGCUCUUUGUUUCAGCCCCCCCUCACCCGCCUGCUGGUCCCCCCUCCAACUCUGUCCCUCCGCCCCCCGGCUCCUGCUCUCUCCGCCUAGCCUUUUCCCCUCCCAGCUGCCUGCCUGCCAGGGGUAGUGAGCCGGCUGAGAGGCAUGGAGACGCAGGAACUUCGGGGGGCCCUGGCUCUUCUCCUCCUUUGCUCUUUCGCAUCUGCCAGUCAGGAUCUGCAGGGUAAGCCUGUCUCCAUCCUCUUAGACCGCUCUCUGCCUCUUCCCCAUUUGCCCUCAGCCGAAGUAGCAGAGAACAUGUGGGCAAGCGGAGAGGGGAAGAGUCCAAAAAUUGAGCCAGAGGAAAACGUUAGACUACCUAGAGUUGGUGAAAUUAUGGCCUGGUGGAGACGAGUGGGCACCGGAGAGUAGUUGGGGAGUUGGAAUAGGCCAGGGUCAGGCAUGAGGCCAGGGCAGAGGACUCAGGAACUGGAUGCUCAGACUGCCUGGCUGGGGAGGUUCCUGAGCUUCUGUAGGCACCCUAGGGUCUGGGAGAGCAGCCUGAAGAUGGGCGUACUGUAGGUCCCUGGGCUUCGUCCACCUGGGCUCCUGGCUGCCCAAGGACAGGGCGGGGGUGGGGACCAAGAAGCCUGGGCUCUCCCGGAGGUCCGGUGGUGGGAUGGGCUGAUAGAUGUGGGAGAGGUAGCUGGAGCAGAUGAUACAGGCAUAGAUUCUUUACUGGCUGGAGGGAAAACCACAGAUUGGCCAGGACACAGGAGGCAGAGGAGCUGGGUCCUACAUUCCCGUGGGAGAUAGCCCAGAUGGUGGGAGGGUCAGAGCCCUCAGUGGGCAGCUGUUCUUAUCCAGAGCGAGUGUGCUGCGCCCCUAGGAUGGGAGGAGGGGAACUAGGGUGUGAAAUGAGCCAAAUCCAGGAGUGGAAAGAGAAGCUGCCUCUCAUUUCUACGUUGUGGACACCAGUAAUUGACCUGCUGACUGUGGGCGAGUCUCGGCAAAUGGUAGCUGUGGCAGAGAAGAUCCGGACAGCCCUGCUCACUGCUGGGGACGUCUACCUCUUGUCCACCUUCCGCCUGCCCCCCAAGCAGGGUGGCGUCCUCUUUGGUCUCUAUUCUCGCCAAGACAACACUCGAUGGCUGGAGGCCUCUGUUGUAGGCAAGAUCAACAAAGUACUGGUGCGAUACCAGCGGGAGGAUGGCAAAGUCCACGCCGUGAACCUACAGCAAGCAGGCCUGGCUGAUGGGCGCACACACACAGUUCUCCUGCGACUCCGAGGUCCCUCCAGACCCAGCCCUGCCCUACAUCUCUAUGUGGACUGCAAACUGGGUGACCAACAUGCAGGCCUUCCAGCACUGGCCCCCAUUCCUCCAGCGGAGGUCGAUGGGCUGGAGAUUAGGACUGGACAGAAGGCGUAUUUGAGGAUGCAGGGCUUUGUGGAAUCUAUGAAAAUUAUUCUGGGUGGGUCCAUGGCCCGGGUAGGAGCCCUGAGUGAGUGUCCAUUCCAAGGGGACGAGUCCAUCCACAGUGCAGCCAGGCCUCUCUUCACUUCACCUCACCCCUCUGACUAUGUUUUCUUCUCCUCUCCAGUGACCAAUGCACUGCACUCCAUUCUGGGGGAGCAGACCAAGGCGCUGGUCACCCAACUCACCCUCUUCAACCAGAUCCUGGUGGAGCUGCGGGAUGAUAUACGAGACCAGGUGAAGGAAAUGUCCCUGAUCCGAAACACCAUUAUGGAGUGUCAGGCUUCCAUGAGCAGCGUUCCCACUGCAGCCCCAAUCCCUGCUUCCGAGGCGUGGACUGCAUGGAAGUGUAUGAGUACCCAGGCUACCGCUGUGGGCCCUGCCCCCCCGGCCUGCAGGGCAACGGCACCCACUGCAGUGACAUCAAUGAGUGUGCUCACGCUGACCCCUGUUUCCCGGGCUCCAGCUGCAUCAACACCAUGCCCGGCUUCCACUGUGAGGCCUGUCCUCGAGGGUACAAGGGCACACAGGUGUCUGGUGUGGGCAUUGACUAUGCCCGGGCCAGCAAACAGGUCAGACUGGGUAGUGUGUGUGGACAAGGGAUCUUGGCCUUGUAGAGGCCAGGGGCUUCUGGGUUGGACUUGGGAACCUUGUGAUGAAUGGGACAUGGAUGGCUUUGCAUUGGCUUUGGGUCUGGGCUUAAUGUUGAUGUUCACAGAUAAGGCCAUACCAGUGUCCUCUGCUGUAUCUGAGGAGACCCACCAUAGGUCUGGUUCCACCCAAAGUCUGCCCCUUCAGGUCUGCAAUGACAUCGAUGAAUGCAACGAUGGCAACAAUGGUGGCUGUGACCCAAACUCCAUCUGCACCAACACUGUGGGCUCUUUCAAGUGUGGUCCCUGCCGCCUGGGUUUCCUGGGCAACCAGAGCCAGGGCUGCCUCCCAGCCCGGACCUGCCACAGCCCAGCCCACAGCCCCUGCCACAUCCAUGCUCACUGUCUCUUUGAACGCAAUGGUGCAGUGUCCUGCCAGUGUAACGUGGGCUGGGCUGGGAAUGGGAACGUAUGUGGGACUGACACAGACAUCGAUGGCUACCCAGACCAAGCACUGCCCUGCAUGGACAACAACAAACACUGCAAACAGGACAACUGCCUUUUGACACCCAACUCUGGGCAGGAAGAUGCUGAUAAUGAUGGUGUGGGGGACCAGUGUGAUGACGAUGCUGAUGGGGAUGGGAUCAAGAAUGUUGAGGACAACUGCCGGCUGUUCCCCAACAAAGACCAGCAGAACUCAGAUACAGAUUCAUUUGGUGAUGCCUGUGACAAUUGCCCCAACGUUCCCAACAAUGACCAGAAGGACACAGAUGGCAAUGGGGAAGGAGAUGCCUGUGACAACGACGUGGAUGGGGAUGGCAUCCCCAAUGGAUUGGACAAUUGCCCUAAAGUCCCCAACCCACUACAGACAGACAGAGAUGAGGACGGGGUGGGAGAUGCUUGCGACAGCUGCCCCGAAAUGAGCAAUCCUACCCAGACAGAUGCAGACAGCGACCUGGUGGGGGAUGUCUGUGAUACCAAUGAAGACAGCGAUGGAGAUGGGCAUCAGGACACCAAGGACAACUGCCCACAGCUGCCAAAUAGCUCCCAGCUGGACUCUGAUAAUGAUGGACUUGGAGAUGAGUGUGAUGGGGAUGAUGACAAUGAUGGCAUCCCAGAUUAUGUGCCUCCUGGUCCUGAUAACUGCCGCCUGGUACCCAAUCCCAAUCAGAAGGACUCAGAUGGCAAUGGCGUUGGUGAUGUGUGUGAGGAUGACUUUGACAAUGAUGCUGUGGUCGACCCCCUGGAUGUGUGUCCCGAAAGUGCAGAGGUAACGCUUACGGAUUUUCGGGCCUAUCAGACCGUCGUCCUGGAUCCUGAGGGUGAUGCUCAGAUUGACCCAAACUGGGUUGUGCUCAACCAGGGCAUGGAAAUCGUUCAGACCAUGAACAGUGACCCUGGCUUGGCAGUUGGAUACACGGCCUUCAAUGGUGUGGACUUUGAAGGCACCUUCCAUGUGAACACAGUGACUGAUGAUGACUACGCAGGCUUUCUCUUCAGUUAUCAAGACAGUGGCCGCUUCUACGUAGUCAUGUGGAAGCAGACCGAGCAGACCUACUGGCAGGCUACACCCUUCCGGGCGGUUGCCCAGCCCGGGCUGCAGCUCAAGGCAGUGACAUCAGUGUCUGGCCCAGGUGAGCACCUCCGAAAUGCUCUGUGGCAUACUGGCCACACCCCCGAUCAGGUACGACUGCUGUGGACAGACCCACGAAAUGUGGGCUGGCGGGACAAGACCUCCUAUCGCUGGCAGCUUCUGCACCGGCCUCAAGUUGGCUACAUUCGGGUGAAGCUCUAUGAGGGACCCCAGCUUGUGGCGGAUUCUGGGGUGAUCAUUGACACAUCCAUGCGAGGGGGGCGUCUUGGUGUAUUCUGCUUCUCCCAAGAAAACAUAAUUUGGUCCAAUCUCCAGUAUCGAUGCAAUGACACCGUGCCUGAGGACUUUGAGCCAUUCCGGAGGCAGCUGCUCCAGGGAAGGGUGUGAGGAGGAGGCCACCGGAUUCAGAAUUCAGAAUUUUAGACCCUUUGGCCUUGGGGUCCAUCCUGGAGACCCUGAGGUCUAAGCUACAGCCCCUCAGCCAACCACAGACCCUUCUCUGGCACCCAAAAGGAGUUCAGUCCCAGAGGGGUGGUCACCCCACCGUUCAGGGGAUGAGAAGUUUUCAAGGGUAUUACUCAGGCACUAACCCCAGGAAAGAUGACAGCACAUUGCCAUAAAGUUUUGGUUGUUUUCUAA